GGAAGGCGCUGGCGGGCAGUGAUGGCGGCGGGUGAUGGGGACGUAAAGCUAGGCACCCUGGGGAGCGACGGGGAGCGUGGCGGCGACGGCGGCGACGGGAGUCCGGGCGGCGCGGGAGCGACGGCGGCGGGGAGCAGUUGGGUGGCGGCGCUGCUGACGACGGGCUGGGAGAUGCUGCUGAACGUGGCGCUGGUGGCGCUGGUGCUGCUGGGGGCCUACCGGCUGUGGGUGCGCUGGGGGCGACGGGGUCUGGGCUCGGGGCCCGGGGCGGGCGAGGAGAGCCCGGCCGCCUCGCUGCCGCGCAUGAAGAAGCGGGACUUCAGCCUGGAGCAGCUGCGCCAGUACGACGGGGCGCGCACGCCGCGCAUCCUGCUCGCGGUCAAUGGGAAAGUCUUCGACGUGACCAAAGGCAGCAAGUUCUACGGCCCCGCGGGCCCAUAUGGGAUCUUUGCUGGCAGGGACGCCUCCAGGGGGCUGGCAACGUUCUGCCUGGAUAAGGAUGCACUUAGAGAUGAGUAUGACGACCUCUCAGAUUUGAACGCAGUGCAAAUGGAGAGUGUUCGAGAAUGGGAAAUGCAGUUUAAAGAAAAAUAUGAUUAUGUAGGCAGACUCCUAAAGCCAGGAGAAGAACCCUCAGAGUACACAGAUGAGGAGGACACCAAGGAUCACAGUAAACAGGACUGAACUUUGUGAACAACCAAAGCCAGGGGCCUUCAGAACUGCAACUCUUACUCCUUCCAGAGAAUGUCCAGUCUUUGGGUGUGACGCACCUGCUGUGAGAAACAUUUCACCAGAGUGUACAAGAUAAUGUGCCUCACUCUGAAGACCUGAAUACGAGGCGUUGUUUGUGCUGCCGGAUGAAUUUGUUGCAGUUGUCUGUAAUGUCUAGUGGGCUUCAUCAUCCCGAGAAGGAGACAGGGCCUUCUUAACAGCAAGGAAAUCACCAGGUUGAUUUUACCCCCUUCCUACUCUCUCUUCCCUCCUGCUUCCCUCUUCCUUCUCUCUGCCUUCCUGUUCCCCUCCCCUCCCUGUCUCUCUUUUAAAACAAAACAAAAAAGUAUCAAAGACAACCAGAUAGGUAUUUGCUACUCAAGUGUGCAGCUCUGCAAGCAGCAAGGGAUCCUGUUUCGCAGGCUGCUUCAUUUGUGUUAAGGGAAGAGCCUUGGGCAGGGAAGUGGGGGUUGCACACUCAUUUAAGAAAUUGAGGCUACUGGAACAUGAAAACAUGGAUUCCCAAACUUUUCUUUCGGGGCUUGUCAGGGAAGAGGAAAUCCGUCCUUCUGAGAAAGAUUUGGAAGUUAGAGGGAUUUCCAGUCGAUUGAAGUCAGUAGUUCCCACCUAAGAUAAUUUGAAACCAGUUUUCUUUUUUUCCCUCCCUUCUGCUAGGGCAAAUAAAUAUUAAUUGUGCCUUAUUUCACUUCCAUAAACUUGAAUUACUUUUAGGGAAAGCCCCUCUGUGAAUUCAGAAGUCACUACAAGCCGCAUUGAGACUGAGGUUGUCAUUCUGUGUAGAAUGGAAGAGGAGUACUCAGUGUUAACUGCCAUGUGUUACUACACAAUAGCUAACAUUGUGAUGGCCAAAUGCAUCCCCUAUGCUUUUUCUUUUCCAAGAAAAUUGAAAAUCAACAACUCUUCCCCAACAGCUGCCUAAUUUUAGGAGUCUGACCCUCACAUUUGUCACUGGUGUGGGUGCAUGGGGCUGUGGUAUGAAUGUCUUGUGUGGGUGAGUCUGGAUGUGUGUGAGAGCACCUUGGGAGGGACUCUUUCUGCGAUGCUGUAAAUACGAGUACCGUUUUAAUAAAGCAUGUACAAUAAACCAAAUUAGCUCGAGUUGGACUCUAAAUGCAGAGCCAUGAGCCAGUGUGUCAUAUACUAAUAAGACUGCAUUUGAUUCAGGAUGAGAAGAAAAAAAAAAGGAAAGAAAGAAAAGAAACUCUUGGAAAUGAAAACCGGCCCCUGGUUAGCCAAGUUGUACCCACCCCAUGCUCGUCCAAGGCAGGUCCACUUUGGUAGAUGGUUCAGGUAAGAUGUGAUGUAUUGUAUGCUUAGGCUUUGCUGCCAGUGGGUAGGAGCACCAGCCUUCCAAGCAGGAGCUGACAUAAAAACACAGUAUUGUGCCGAUAGCUAGUAAAUCCCUUGCUUGUUAGCUGAAAAAGUUAUAUUUCAGAGCCUGCUUAGGCCAGAUUUUGGCUUCAUCAUUAUGGAUUCUUGGUCAGAAGCAGGUUGCUCCCACAUAGAAAAGGCUAGAUUUUGGUGACAUUAAAAGACUUGUACCUGAUGGGUGUAAUGCAAGCAGAAGCCAUCAAAAGAUGCAACAGGAAGCAGAGGGUGCAAAAUGCUACACUCUUAGCAUAUUGGAAUAUUCUCUAGGGAAGUGUGGUGAUCACCAAAUCCUGGCUGAAGAACUCUUGUGAAGACUAAGGCGAGUUGGUAAAUGCUUUCUUUUUUAUGUAAAAUAUUUUCUAAAAAUAAAUUGUUAAAGUAUAUAUCUUACUCUGUAGUAAACUGGUAUAUCUGAACAUUGAGCCUGAAGGUUGAUAAUCUGCAUUUGUGAGAAGCCCAGGUAUUGAUGCAGUAAAAACAAUGCAUUUUGUUUUUUAAAAGGAAGUGUUUUUGUGUUUUGGACUUUAAAUAAACUGUAUUCUAUAGAUAA